AUGCCUGGAGAAUUUCAGUUUAUUGAGAAGGAUGUGGACAUUGUUAGCAAGCAGGCUUAUGAUGAGUUUAAAGCUCUUGGUGUUUCUGAAGAUGCGGCAGAAAAGGCUCGUUCUGCGGCUCGUGAUAGUGCUUUGGCUCAUAAUGAGUUGGUACAGGCUGCUAAGGCUUGCGGAUAUGGCUCUGGUGGUGGUGGUACUUCUUCGUCUUCGGCCCGUAUACCUGAUGUUUCGGUCACUCCCAAUUCGUCAUCUACGGUUGUUCAGAUCGUGCAAUCACCUAUGCCCGAACGGUAUGAUGGAAUCGCUGAUUUUGAGGAUUGGUUAAGGCGUUAUGAAGCCGACGCUAGAGGCUCUGGUUGGACUAAUCUCCAGAUAGCAGGGCGUCUUGGUAAUUAUCUUCGUGGUACCCAUUUUGAGGUCUGGCAUCAGAACUGUUCUAAGACAGAUUUCGAGGCUGACCGGAAGGCUCUGUUGGAUAUGUUUGCCUUAGUUCGGCCCGAUGAGAUUCUGCAUAAGUUCAACUCUCUGACUUGGAUAGGUCUUCCCGUGUGGUCUCUUUUUUGA